AUGGCGGAAGAUCGACUUCAUGUGCUGGACAUUGGCGUGUCUGUAGAGGCUAGCGCACGCAUAAAGCCUCCGAUUCAAGACGGUGACAGCCAACUGAUCUCUGUAUGCCAUAAGAAUCACGUAAUUGCGAUCGCAAACGGCCGCUUCGUCGACUUGUACGGCAUUUGCGCUAAUAGCUUACAUCCUUUCACGUUCCUGCACCAAAUCUCCAUUGCAGUGGCAACCUGCGUCUCAUUCCCCGUUCCCGGCUUUCUGCUAGUUGGGGCUUUCGUGGAAACUCGUGAACCUCCAGCCUCCGUUCAAGUUUACUUUAGCUUCGUGGAACCCGUUGUGGGGGCCGAUGGAAGGUGUAUCCGGAGUUUGCAAAGCUUUCGACAUGACAUGACACCAGAUGCAGGGUCUGUACUGGUGCUAUUCGAGGACUCUAAAGUGUUUGGAGUGCUUAGCUGGAAAGAGCGAUUUAGUGAUCGACAGGUGUGUCUGGCACAGAUAAAGCAGCAAACGGGUAGCUUGGUUAUUGCGCAGUGCAGCCAAGACGGUCGAUACGCAGUACUUGGAGACGCUGGAGGACGAUUAUCGCAGCAACUUGUGGGUAAGCGGCUGGAACUGAAGGCGUGCUCUCGCUCUGGAGUGAUAUCGCGUGAUAAUCCACUAGAACGCGUCCGCGUAGCUCAUACGUUAGCAUCCAGUGGGAUGGACUGUGCGUAUACAAGUCUCCGGUGGUGGAUGUGCAGUAUUCAAGACCAGCAAAAGCAAUUUAUCCUUGCUGGUAAACAAGAUGGCUCGUUGAAUGUACGUGGCUGCAAAUUGCUAUAUCGAAAAAAAAUGUGA